AUGCAAGCCGAGACCGAGGUCACCGCAGAGAAGAAGAGCGCUAUGCCUCUCGCACAAUUGACCGUCAACCUCCUUACGUCCCUCGAAGGCUUUGCCGAUAUCUUCUGGGCCAAGCUCUGCCAGCGUGCUGGGGGCUGGCCCGUACCGAUCGCAAUCCCCGCGAAUGACACGGACGGCACGACGAUCACGCCUCAAAGUAUGCGGAAAGUACAAGGCUUCCGUGACACGGACGAGGGGUCUGAGGUACUCGGGGACUAUACCAGUCGCGUCACAGGUAUCUUGCGGGUGUACUUCACCACCCUUGUGCUGCCUGUCAAUCAGCCGCUCGAUCCUAUGUUCCGAAUGGAUCGAUACUGGACGUACUUCACCAGGAUGCUGAAGGACCCACAGCUUCUCGAGAGCCCCGUCGCGGCGCAAAUCAUGUUCAGUAAGCGUGCGCAGAAUCACAAGGCCCAGCUUGCGAGCGCGUACAAUGAACUGGGCAAGGAGCUCUCGAGCCAGAAGAUCAGGGUCGUCGGCAACUAUACGCUCGGGAAGGUCAUAGGAGAGGGGACGUACGGGAAGGUACGCAUGGGCACGCACCGCCUGACGGGUACCCGCGUCGCCAUAAAGCAGAUCCCCAAGGCCAUGUCCGCCGCGCUAACCCGCGAGAUCCACCACCACCGCCAGCUGCACCACCCGCACGUCACGCAGCUGUACGAGGUCAUCGCGACCGAGUCCAGCAUCUGGCUCAUCACCGAGCUCUGCUCUGGGGGCGAGCUCUUCGACUACCUCGCCGAGAAGGGCAGGCUGAACGAGGACGAGGCGAGGGUCCUAUUUGGGCAGCUAUGUCUCGCCGUCGCGUACGUCCAUGAGAAGGGGAUUGUGCAUCGAGACUUGAAACUGGAGAACGUGCUGUUGGACGAGCGAUGUCGGGUCAAGCUGGGCGAUUUCGGGUUCACGAGGGAGUUCGAGAAGGGGUCGUUGCUGGAGACGUUCUGCGGGACUACGGGAUAUGCGGCUCCGGAGAUGCUGCUGGCGAAGAAAUAUCUUGGGCCAGAGGUGGACGUGUGGUCAUUGGGCGUCAUUCUGUAUACUCUAUUGACCGGAACUCUUCCCUUCGACGAUGAUGACGAGAGCGUCAUGCGCGAGAAGGUCAUCAGGGGCGUAUAUGACGAUCCUGAAUGGCUCUCGGACGACGCCCGGGGUUUGCUCUCUAGCAUCCUCCAGGUCGAACCCACAAAACGACUUACUAUCGCGCAAAUUCUCACGCAUUCGUGGUUCACCACAAUCCACAAGAAUUCCAACCGAGAUUCCGUGCAAAGUGCUGCCCCGACUAUCUCACGCCCUGCUUCCCCAACACAGUUACAGAUCACGACGGCCAUCGAAGCGCAACCUCUCUCUGCAUCCACGACGUCAGACUCCACAUUCCAUACCGCUUCUUCCGAGUUCGGUCCUUCCACCCCUGCUACCCCAGACAACAAAUCAGUCGACGAGCUCACGUCCGACUCGCACAGCACCUACAAGAAACUCACCGGCAAUCUGCCCUCUCCCCCCUCAUCAAACAAAGGGACCCCAGAAACGGUCCGAGAGGAGGACGAGUCCGCAGAACGCUCCGUCGAGACGCCGUCCCGGCCGUCCUUCUCCCGGGCCGACAGCAGCUCAAGCAAGCAGCCGCCGGCAUUCCCGACGCGCACCCCGGCCCGCACGAAGCGCCGCUCAGUCUCCUCGACGCUCUCCGAUCAUGGGCCGACCGUGUUCGAGAAGUCGGCCGUGCCUCUACCGCCGCAGGACUUCUCGUCCCUCCUUCACACGCCUGCGCCCCUGAUCUUCAGCACGCCGCUCGAGCGCGAGCUGCUGAACUCGAUGAGCGCGCUCGGGCUCGACACGGGGCAGAUCGUGCAUUCGGUCCUGACCGACGCGUGCGACUGUACCGGGGCGCUGUGGUGGAUGCUCAAGCGCAAGGCGGAGAGGAAGGCGAUCGAGGAUGCGGCGAAGAAGCCUGCAGAGCACCCGGUCGAGGUACCAGAGGAACAUCGCUCGCAUACGGAUGAGGGCCAACCGUCGUCCGUCGGGCGCUCCAGGGAUUCCCGCCUCCCGAUCCCGCCUGCGCUCCUCCCCGCCCAGUCUGCUCCCGAGUUGCAGUUCAUCCCCGCUACUCCUACCGUCGCUCAGACGAAGCGACCUGUGACUCCCCCGCGGACUGCGUCUCCUACCCACCCUUUGCUUUCGCCUACUCCGUCUUCUACUGUCGAGUCCCUCUCCAAGUCGAAUCCUACCACUCCUAGCAGCUCGAAGGAUAAGGAAAACCAAGGGUCGAAGGGCCGCAAAAACCGUGCCGGAAGCGUCAGCAUCAUGCAGCGCGCAACGACCGCGCUUGAGGCAGCUGGCCUUGUCCGUAAGAAGUCUGCCGAGGCGGUGCGCGAGGAACGUGAACGGCGCGAGCGCGAGGAUAAGGAGAAGCAAGCGGCGAAGAGCGUUGCCAACAGCGAGGAGCCGCGCUCUUCGCACGGCAGUGGCUCAACCAAGCUUAUAAAGACCCCGCCUAUGCGCGCCGUCAAGGACUCCGCGCUCUCGUCAACACCGCCGCCAGCAGACCUGAACGGGGGUCAGGCCCAAGUCGGCUCGCCAUGGGUCUUGGCGGGGAAGCAAUCCCCACCUCCUGACACCGGUUCGCCCGCGGAUACGCUCACAUCGCUUCCGCAGAUCCCUACGCGCGGCGGCAAGGUCGGCUCUGGUCAUCGUAAUCGCGCGAGUUUGCUGUCUACGUUCCAGCGGUGGUUUAGAGAGGAUCCGAAGGGCAAGCGGAAGGAGGACCCCGCGACUCUCCUGGCGCUCACCCAGACAUCGUCAAUCAACAGCGCCGGAUCGAGCCCUGUGUCACAGCGGCCGAACGGGCGGGGUACUAUCAAGGGUCGUCCCGCUGGGCGAGGAAAGACGGUGGGCGGCGGGCGAAACAAGGCUUCGCACCGCGCCAAGCGCGCCUCGGUCUCCUCGCGCCGCUCGAGCAGCGUCAACUCACGUCGGUCGUCGACGUCUAUGCAGUACCCAGUAGUCGAGUCCCCGCCCUACUCCGCCACGCGACACCGCAGCGACCCCAAUAGACGGUCGUUCGGGAGCCACACGCCCAACUCGGAGCGGGAGGAGUUCAUGUCCCGCCCGAGCUCGAUACACAGCUUCAUUAACCAUCCGCGCCACCGGAAAUCGCCCUCUGCGAGCUCCGCAGGCUCGAUGUACGUCGGGCGCACGGCGUCGCCCCUGCCGAAAAACCACCGCCGCGGGGGCUCAGGCUCGUCGACGCGCGUCGUGCGGCAGAUCCAGAUGACGCCCAGCGGGAACGGCGGUGGCAGGCAGCAGCCGAAUUCGCAUCUGCGCUCGAACUCGGCGUCCUCCGUACACUCGCUACAAUCAUCGCGCCCAGGGUCCCUCUAUGACCUGUCGGAGACGGAUAGCCGGCGGAACAGCUCGCCGAACAAGGCAGCGAUGCGGAGGUCGCUAGAGGAUACGCCGCGAAGGGGCCAUGCUGCGUUCGUCGCACACAAGAGGCAGGCCCCGUUCCAAAAUCCGAACAGGAGCGAGUAUCUGAACUCGCUUGGGCGGUCGAGCUGGAAGAAGUCGUGGGGUCUCGAGCCGCCGGGCUGGCAGACGCGCACGGCGCAUCCGACGGUGGAGGUGCUCGCGAUAUACCCCCCAGAGGUUCCCGGGAUCCGCGACGUCUUCUCUGGGCGGCACUCGCUCGGGGACGAGUCGGAUUGGAUCGACGAGGACGAGGAGAGCCCGUUGUACGUCGGUGGGCUUGGCCAGAUGCCCUCGUCGGCGAGCAGCGUUAUCACGACAUUCGGACAGUCAGAAGCACCUCUGCUAUCUCCCCCUCUGCGGAGUGCCCCCGCACGUACUGGUGGUGGCUCGAGCAACAACAAGCGGGCUGCGCCGGAGGUCGGCCGCCUUACAGUCGGAAACGUCCCGUCGAGGGCUGCGCGGAACAAGGCGAACCGCUCCCCCGCCGGACGGAGCUCGCCUCUGCCCGCCGAGUCCGUGUUCGAGGCGAAUGUGGCGGAGACGCGUGGCGGGCGAAGGCAGCUGCCCAACGGGCGGGCUGGGCCGGCCUUUAGGGGCAUCCAGGAGGAAGACGAGGACGAGGAAGAGUAG